UCUUCCCCAUUUUCGCCAUUCUUUUUUCUCUCCCUCACUCCAUUUUCUCUUUGUUCACUCACUGCGCACUUUCCAAUCAAUCUUUCCCCAUUAGGAUUUGCUUCGCGAAGACAAAGCGAUGAAGCCUUUGGAUCUCAUUCUCUCUUUAACAACUAAUUGAGCGUGAAGCAAAUCUAAGAAAGAAGAUCACCAGAUUGUAGGGGGAAACACACGAAUUUCAAGAUUUGGAGAAGAAUAAAGCUGUAGGCGAUUAGAUAUAUCGUGAAAGAAAGAAAAAAAAAUGGGCGCGUCGAAAUUCAUUAAGUGCGUCACCGUCGGCGACGGUGCCGUUGGCAAGACGUGCUUGCUGAUUUCCUACACCAGCAACACUUUCCCUACGGACUAUGUCCCGACUGUUUUCGACAAUUUCAGUGCGAAUAUCGUCGUUGAUGGCAGCAUUGUCAACAUAGGCUUAUGGGAUACUGCUGGUCAGGAGGAUUACAAUAGACUGAGACCAUUGAGCUAUCGUGGUGCCGAUGUCUUUAUUCUUGCAUUUUCUCUCAUCAGCAAGGCUAGUUACGAAAACGUUGCGAAGAAGUGGAUUCCUGAAUUAAAGCAUUAUGCACCUGGCGUUCCAAUCGUCCUUGUUGGAACUAAGAUCGAUCUCCGGGAGGAUGAGCAAUUCCUCAAUGACCAUCCUAAUGCAAUACCAAUUACUACAGCUCAGGGAGAGGAGUUAAAGAAACAGAUAGGGUCUUCUUACUACAUCGAGUGUAGUUCAAAAACCCAGCAGAAUGUGAAGGCAGUGUUUGAUGCGGCUAUCAAGGUAGUGCUUCAGCCUCCGAAAAACAAGCAAAAGUCGAAUGGCGGCGGCGUUUGCUCGGUAUUGUGAUCAGUGGAAGAUUGGAGCCCGAUAAAGACGGAUCGACCUGCCAGCUUCUUGCUGCUCUUAAUCCCUUUCCGUGGCAAGUUUUUAAAUUCUAGUAAGCAACAAACCGUCAUGUAUAGUCUCUGCUGACAUUCUGUGAACGAUUUCAAUUGGUUUGUUUCUUGUUUUACUUAUUUUCAAUCUCUAAAUGAUGACAAGCAUUUCUUCCUUGUUAACAUGCA